AUGGCCAGGGCGCGGGCAGCACGCCGAGUCUCGGCGGAGCACGGAGAGGGUGGCAGCGGGGAGUGGCGGGAGCGGGACGGGCGAUGGCGGCGGCUCCGGCGCGUCCCUCCCUGCCUCGGGGUCUCAUUCAAACCGGCCCCUCAGGAUGACGCUGCACCGGGGCCUCGCCGGAAGCGGCGGCGCGCGCAGCGCCGGAAGGGCGGCGCCGGGGCCGAGCGGGGGCGCGCUGCGGGGCGCGCUGUGGAGCGCGGAGCGCGGUGCGGGGCGCGCUGCGGAGCGGAGCGGGGCGCGGGGCAGGGCGAGGCGGUGCGGGGCAGGGCGCGGCGGGGCGCGGGGCGGGGCGGGGCGGGCGGCGGCGCGGCCGGGCCGGGGCAGCGCUCGUAG